AAUAACCCAGAACAGUAUACUUCGUCAAGCUUACUCUUCACAGAAGGCUCUGGGAAUCUCAUCGCUGUGAUGAAUGUGGCAACGCAGCGGAUCUGUGGCGAUGGAACGCGGUGUGUCUUUAAGACCCUGCGGAGCCCCGGUAACCCCACACGGCUCGUUGUCCGUACUCUCCCGACUCUCUCUGUAGUUAUUUGAGGGAGGCGCUAGAGCCAUAUCUCCACUUUACAAAAAAAGGCAGAAGUAACGGCACUGUCUUGAGAGAGCAAAUCAAGCCAAAGCUGGGCAAACAGACUCUCGCGUCUCUCUCUCUCUCUCCGUGGCGUCGGAGUGUGCGCGGCCGAUGCGCUGCAGACUGAAGCGUUCCGAGGCUCGUAUCCCGUUUAAAUCCUGCGCUCUCCCUCUGUUGAGUAUAUGUGGAGCUCAAGCGACACUUCUAUGAGAAUCCCCGCUGAACGGCGAGACGAAGUUUGGUUGUUUUCCUAAACCGGGGGUGCUGCGGAGAGUCAAGGCGAGAGAGAGGUAGCGAAAGAUGGUUUUGAACAGCCUCCCGUGCGUCUUGGUUUCGCUGUGCUUGGUUUUUUUCUCGUCUUCUCCGUGCAAAGCUCGGAUUUACACCAACCACUGGGCUGUUCGGAUAGCCGGCGGACCUGAGCAAGCGGACCAUAUCGCUAGUAAAUAUGGGUAUAGAAACCUGGGCCAGAUUGGUGAUCUGAAGGACUACUACCAUUUCUUCCACAGCCGGACGAUAAAAAGGUCGACGCUUUUCAGCAGAGGCACACACAGCUUCAUCUCCAUGGAGCCAAAGGUGGAGUGGGUGCAACAGCAGGUGGUGAAGAGGAGAACAAAGCGCGAUUAUAAACCCUCAUAUCCUGGUCCUGUACAGUCCAGUAUGGCCCAGUCCAGCUCCAUUUACUUCAAUGAUGCUAAAUGGAGCAGUAUGUGGUACAUACACUGUAAUGAUAACAUCCAUAACUGUCAGUCUGACAUGAAUAUCGUGGGCGCGUGGAAGAGAGGCUAUACGGGGAAGGAUGUGGUGGUUACCAUUCUGGAUGACGGUAUUGAGAGGAACCACCCAGAUCUCAUACAGAACUAUGAUAAUGAGGCCAGUUAUGAUGUGAACGGUAAUGACAUGGAUCCCAUGCCCCGAUAUGAUGCCAGUAAUGAGAACAAGCAUGGCACGAGGUGCGCUGGUGAAGUAGCAGCAUCCGCCAACAACUCUCACUGCACGGUGGGCAUCGCUUACAAUGCCAAGAUUGGGGGUGUCCGCAUGUUGGACGGAGAUGUGACAGACAUGGUGGAGGCCAAAUCACUGAGUCUACACCCUCAACACAUAGAUAUUUACAGUGCCAGCUGGGGUCCAGAUGAUGAUGGCAAAACUGUGGAUGGGCCCGCUUCCCUCGCCAGACAGGCCUUUGAAAACGGCAUCAGACUGGGCAGGAAAGGACGGGGCUCAAUCUUUGUUUGGGCAUCAGGAAAUGGCGGUCGGAGUCGCGAUCACUGUUCAUGUGAUGGCUACACCAACAGCAUCUACACAAUAUCCAUCAGCAGCACGGCAGAGAGCGGCCGCAAGCCCUGGUAUCUGGAAGAGUGCGCCUCCACCCUCACCACCACCUACAGCAGCGGAGAGAACUACGACCGCAAAAUCAUCACGACUGAUCUGAGGCAGCGCUGCACAGACAGUCACACUGGAACAUCAGCGUCAGCGCCGAUGGCGGCAGGGAUCAUUGCUCUUGCUCUGGAAGCCAAUCCUUUCCUGACGUGGCGAGACGUGCAACACAUAAUAGUGAAGACAUCUCGUGCUGGCCAUCUCAGCGCUCCUGACUGGAAAACCAAUGCUGCUGGUUAUAACGUCAGUCACCUGUAUGGCUUUGGGCUGAUGGACGCAGAGGCCAUGGUGAAAGAGGCGGAGCGCUGGAAACAGGUUCCCCCACAACACAUCUGUGUGGAGAAUGCUGAUAAACAAAUCAGAACCAUCCGUCCAGAGCAUGUUGUUCGUUCGGUAUACAAGGCAACAGGCUGCACGGAUAAUGCAAACCAUCACGUUAUUUAUCUGGAGCAUGUGGUUGUGCGUAUAACAAUUACUCACCCGCGACGAGGAGACCUGUCAAUCAACCUAACGUCACCAUCAGGGACAAAGUCACAGCUGCUCGCCAAUAGACUGUUUGAUCACUCAAUGGAGGGCUUUAAGAACUGGGAAUUCAUGACAACUCACUGCUGGGGAGAGAAAGCUGCUGGAGACUGGAUAUUAGAGAUCUAUGACUCUCCUUCCCAACUCAGGAGCCAGAAAGCACCAGGCAAGCUGAAAGAGUGGUCUCUGAUACUUUAUGGCACCUCCGUGCAUCCGUACUCAUUCCGCAGUGACAAGCCCCGCUCACUGGCGGAGCCUCAGCCUGAUGACGAGUACAGUGAGGAGUAUGUGGGCUCAUGCCACCCUGAGUGUGGUGACAACGGCUGUGAGGGUCCAGGGCCCCAGCAGUGCAUCACUUGCCUCCACUACUUCCUCAAGUUCAAGAACAACACCAGGAUGUGUGUACCUGAGUGUCCGACUGGCUUUUUCCGGGACGAUAAGAAGCGCUGUAAGAAGUGCUCUCCGCUCUGUGAGUCUUGCAUGGGCAGCCGCAGCGAUCAGUGCUCAGCAUGCCGCCCAGGCCUGUACCUCAUGGAGGGAGGAAACAACUGCGUCAGCUCCUGUCCUGACGGCUUCUACCUGGACCUGGACUCCACCACGUGCCGGAAAUGCAGCGAGAAUUGCAAGAAAUGCACGUCUGCGAACAUCUGCACGGAAUGCCAGACUGGUCUCAGUCUACAGGGGAAUAAGUGUCAGCUGAGCUGUGAACCUGGCACCUAUUAUAAUGGGCACCGACGAGCAUGUGAAAAGUGCCACUCGACUUGUGCCACCUGUGCAGGAACUGGCAUGGAAGCGUGUAAUGAGUGCGCUCCGGGCUAUUACUUUGAGGAGUGGCGCUGCGUCUCCAGCUGCAGUGUGGGAUAUUUCUUGGCAGAACAAACAACAGACAACGGAGAUGUCCAGAAGUCCUGUCAAAAGUGUGAUCCUACCUGCUACGCCUGUGCAGGACCCGGGGAGAGGAACUGCAGCACCUGCGUGAGCGGCUAUAACCUGGAAAACGGCGUGUGUGUCGUCAGCACCAUCUGCAAAGAUGCAAAUGAAGAAUCGUGGGCUGAGGGAAGUUUCUGUGUGCUAGUGAAAAAGAACAAUCUGUGCCAGAGGAAGGUUCUGCAGCAGCUCUGCUGUAGAACAUGUUCUCUAAAGGGCUGAAGGAACUUUUCCGGCCCCACUUGCCGCUCUCGUUCCGCUAAUUUAUAUUCCAGUCGGGAACCUCGAAUAUGGGACUACGUCGUGAGGUUUCUCGAUGCCAGAACUACAACAAACCUACCUUUAUCUCUGUGUGUCUGUAUGUGUGUGUGAAUGCGAGUGUGUCGACAGAAGCUGUCAGGGUGGUGCGACUGGGAUCAGUAAUAAACAGCAAAUCAUACAUGUCAGUAUUUUGUGACCAAAGCAUGGAUGCCAAAUUUUUGUACCUUUUUCUUCGUUUUGGGUCCAAGAGAAGAAUUUGGAGCGACAUGCUGAGCGUUGAAGCGGCGGUUCUUUAUUUUUCCACAGUUUCACGCAUGAUGACGACAACAAUGAUCAAAGCCAGUUUGUGCAUAUUCUGAAUAAAGCACACUCAGAGAACCUCUACGAGUUUUCAGCAAGACCUCUGUGAGCAAAGGGACACGCAAACCAUAGCACAGGUUCAUCCACUGACCUUCAUGACUGCGGUCAAAUCGAUAGCUGACUCCGGAGGUACAAGGUACAAUAAGUACUUUCUGAAGCGACGAGUAUUGUACUAACACUAAUGACCUGCCGUUUAGCCGAGCAAAUAAGAUGAAUGCGUUACGUCAGGUGGUCUCACUGUUCAGCAAUUCUUCACCUCAGGCUCAUAUCUCAUACUUGUUUUUGUGUGUGUGUGCGUGCGUGUGUGUUUUUGUGUUUCAACAUCGUUGCAUAAGUGGAAAAAUAGGUUUUCGUAAAACCUAAACGUAAGUAAGUGAUCCCUGAAGAAUCGUUGACUGGGUUGAAGUACAGGCUUUAGUCGUGGUAGCUAAAUGAGAUUUGAGAUACGUUUAAUUCAUUUGAUCUCAUCAGUCCAUCGUAUAUUUUUAAAACAAAUCCCUAAGCGUGCAUUUUUAUAUCUCGCCAUUUCAAAAAACAACUCCACAAUAUUAAUCCUAAAUGAUUCGUGUGAAAUAAGGAACUUUAUUUACAGCGCAGUGUCCGUUUCAACCACUUUCCUCAAGAACUAUUUAUAUUUUAUUGAUUCAUCUUGGAAAUGUAAAGUUAAACUGCUCGACUUUAAAAUGGCCACCUAAAAUAGUUCAUCAUUCCAGGUCUUUAUGAAAGUAACAAGUCUGUGUUUCACAUAUGUAACUGGUGCUAUUGACAUAAUGGAGUUAUUAGUGAAUGUUUUUGAAUUCACAUUUCCAACAGAUAUUUGUGAGUUCGAAUCGAGUGUCUAGAUUUUCAGUUGAUCAUAUUGGCUGUAUUUACUGUAUGUCCCUAUUGCAGUAUCUUGGGAAACAGAAAAAAUACUUGGGGAAGUAUACUACAUUUUAAUAAAGGUCAGAAACGAGGUGAAAUGUUUAGUUAUACUAAUAGUACUACACAACACAAAUUAGACUUCUACAUUCAUUAAGGACAUGUUUGACCAAUCCGCUUUUGCGCAAUGUUAAGGGGAUUUCUAUGUCUUUUAUUUAUGAAUGAUGUGGUUUAAGAUGACGUAGCCUUUUAUUUAUGAAAAAGAUUUAUAAAUGGUCAUAGUUCAAAUGAGUUGUGUUCUGUGGAUGGGAUUGUCCAACCACUUAAUGCUAAUUGUGUAUUCAUGACACACAAAAACGUUGUAGUAUGAUGUUUUCUGCGAACUCGAUACAUGCAACGUUACAUAACUAAUGUUAUAUAGGAUUACGAGAAUCAGUCUGUUCAAAUGUGUUACAUUUACUCUGUUCUGGCAACAUUUUUUCUUAAUGUAUAUAUGUAUUUUUAUCACUAUUAACCUUAAAUAUAUUUUGCACCCACGUUCAAUUGAAAUAAGGGGAAAAUGGAUGAUCAAGUUUUCUAAAAUUAUUUUGUAUUUCUGUUUUUAGCCAACUGCCAUGAACAGUUAGUCUAGAGAUGAAGAUGUGUUGUAGUCAGGGCCAAGAAAAAUGUUUUAUCAUGUAGAGAAGACUGGACGAAACAAAUGGUUUACUGAUCUUUUUAUUAAUGAACUUUAAAAUAAAAAUAAGACUCAGAGAUUAAAAGAGACUACUUUUGUUUGCUCGUUUAGAUUCUGGGUCAGACUUGGUGGAUAAAUUGGGUGAAACAAUUGCAUAGUGACCUGAGUCAUAUAUAGAGUUCAGAAAGACAGAGCUCUUUUGACUUGGAUCCAUAUACAACACCCUAGCAACCACAUAGCAACACGCUAAAUAGCACUCAGAAAAGCACACAAAACUAGUGUUUUAGUGGCGAGUUUAACACUGACGAGCACCGCUCACAUUUUCAUCGUAAAAAUCUUGUGUUGUCAAACCACUUGUUUACUUUGACUUCAAGAAAUGGUUCAGAGUUGAAUUCUUGUGGUGAACUGGUGUGAGAAUGAUUUAACUUCUCCUUGUUUUCUUUAUAAAAGGCCCUUUUUGUUUUGAAGAGAACAAUUCGGCAUUUGACCGAGAGAAAUUCAACUCGAAUGCGCAGUGGUCACAAUGACUUUAAAAGAGACAAUAUAUGCGCAGCCCCUUGUUGUGACCUGUGGCCGUUUCCUUUAGAACGAACAUUUCUAAAAUAUUUGCGACUGCCACACAACCAUUGUUACUUUCCUGUGGUGAAUAACGUGAUAAAGCAAUUACUAUUGACACAUGCUGUUUUAAAUGUUACAAACCUUGUGAGAAAUAUCAAAGCGAUUCUUCAGUGUUUUUACAGUUUAAUGCAAGCAGUUUGAGUGAGAAAACUCAUUUAACUGACAUUGGCUUUGGACCCAUGCUUAGUCUAGUGAUUGACAACUCAAUUACGGUCAUGUAGGGUCAUGAGCGGCUGCUUCAGGACUGUCAGAAUUGAGUGAAUAGAGUGUAUCAGAGCGUAAGCCUGAGGUCAUUAGAAGGGUCAGCCAGCUAUAGAUGUCCAGCUCACUCUAAAGGAAAUCUCACAAAUACAUUGCUUAGCCUGGGGUUAAAGGUUAGCUCAAUGUAUUUAGCUUUUCUCACAUUCCCAUAACAUCGCUUUGGGAUAGUUUUGAUCCAUUCUGACACCUAGAGAGUGAAAAAUAUGUUUUGGUUAUACGAACAAAGGUGUCAGUUUGACUGUGUAUGUGCAAGAAUUUUUAUUGUGGUCAGUUUUUUGCAACUCGCAAAAUCAAUUAUUUUUUUAUUUAGCUUUCAGUUCUUUUAAGUUUUCAGUUUCUAAGGCCUGCUGAUUGUAUGAGACAAUCUUCAUAAGCUUUCUUUCUACUUUUGAGAGUGUUCUGAUUUAUGAAUCCUGCAUGUGCAUGGCCUUUGAAUUGUCUGCAAUCAUAAACGUCAGCUGGUCAAUCCUUCAACCAGAAGCCUUUCCUAUUAAUGCUAAAGCUCUGAGCAGGUAAGCACUUUGGUUUCCCUCUUUUUGUAUGUAUAUAUGUAUUUCUAUGUUUUUUUUUUUUUUUAUUUGUGUUGUUUGGUUGCUUUUUUGUUAGUAUGUAUUUUUUUUACUUGUUUGUUUUGUUCGUGUUGUAUGUUUAUUUUUUGUUUGUUUCGUUUGCUUGUUUCCAUGUAUUUGUUUGUUUCAUUAGCUUGUUUUAUUUGCUUGUUUCCUUUUUGAUUUUGUAUUUGUUUAAUACUAGUUUUGCUUGCUUGUUUUUUUUCUUGUUUGUAUUUAAUAUACUUUUGUUUGCUUUAUGUAUGUUUUGUUUCAUUUGCUUGUUUAAUUUUCUUGUUUGUUUGCAUGUAUUUGUUUUUGUUUCGUUAGCUUCUUUUAUUUCCUUGUUUGCAUGUAUUUGUAUUUGUUUGUUUCGUUAGCUUGUUUCAUUUGCUUUGCAUGUAUUUGUUUAAUCUUCUUGUUUCAUUUGCUUGCUUGUCUGUAUUUGUUUGGUUUGCUUGUUUUGUUAGCAUGUUUGAUUUUCUUGUUUCAUUUGGUUGUUUGUUUGCUUUUUUGUAUUUAAUCAGCUUGCUUGCUUUUUAUUUAUUUUAUUUUUUUACUUGUUUGUAUUUUCCUACUUUUCUUAAAUGUGCAUUCUGGGAAAUGUUAGUUAUUUCUGAUGCUACAUACAUAAAUAUACUAAUAUAAUAAACAUGAACCACUGGAUUAUUUACAUUACAUUUUUUCACAACUGCUAAUACAAUUUUAGUGUCUACCUACACUAGAUGAAGUGGGAUAUUCUAGUUAAGGUGCUUUAUGUAGCUGAUGUGUUAU